AUGACUUCAAUGUCACUGCACAUUGUUAAUAUAAAAUUUCCUAAUAUGAAGAAAUUGUUUUAUUUAAAUUUCAAUAUUCUAUUAACUAUUUUGAUCUCAUUGAAUUUUUUAAAUUUUAUACAACCACAAUAUACUCAAAAUUUUGAGAAACAUAUUUAUAAUGGAAAACGUAUAUAUAUUCAACCUACUUCUACUUACAAACCUCCAGGACAAAUAAAUGUUUCUGCAAUAUUUAAAAAAGAAGUAGGAAAUCCUUCUAAAGCUGGAGCAUAUGUUUUUGCAGUUGCUCAUCCAUCAACCUCUAAAAAUGAUGGAAAUAUAUUAAAAGAUAAAAGUAAUGAAGUUCCAAGAUUAAAAGCAAAAGAAGAAAUAAAUCAUAAUAACAAAUUAACGACAACACAAUCUACUAUUGAAAAAGAAGUUCCAAUUUUAAGUAUUGGAUUAUUUGAAGAAUUAUUUAAUAAAAUAAAUUCAGAUCAAAAAUUAGUAAUUUUAUGGAUUGUAUCUGUACUUGGUGCAGUAACAUUAACAUUAAUUUUUGUAUAUCUAAUAUUAUGUCUUUGGAAUUAUCGUUCUCGACCUAAGUUUGAUCGUAGUCAUGUUAUUAGUUAUCGAAGACCAGAAGAAUUAGAUAUUUUAUUUGAAGAAAGAAGGCGCCGUAAUGAUGAAGUCGCAAGACUGGUACGAGAAACAUCUCCCAGAAUGUUUAAUAAUCAUCAAGAGAUUUUAAUACCUUAUCAAAAAGAGGAUGAAGAAAAAAAAAUUUCACGUAUAGAACAAGAAGUAAUGUUAUUAAAACAAAUUAAUCCUCAAGAGGUAAAUCCAUUGAUACGAAAAAAUAUCCGUAAAGUCUCUCUAUAA